AUGAAGCUCGUUAAAUACGAUGUUGUUGGAUCAUCAUCCAUGCCUCAAACAUAUCGAGUCAAGAUUGACCAGGUCAGAUUGAACAACAUCAAGAAUCAGAUCACAACAUGUUUGAGGCUGGCUAGGUCUCCUCCAGCCCAAACAAUCAUUCCUCCCGAGUUCCAGAACUGCUUGGUAUCUAUGCUCAACAAAGAUAUGUCGCUGCUAUCACUGGAUACAAUGAAGUGGACAAGGAUUGAGAAUGCAUUCAAGAAUGAUAUGUCCAGCUCCACCAAUGCAAUUGUCUACGCUCGUGGCAACAUCUAUGUGUUUGGUGGCAACACAACGUCAUUAUCAUUAACAUCAUCUUACAUGCGAUACUCAUUGGCUGAGAAACAAUGCUAUGAGGCAGAAAUGCUUGGUAUCCUUGGAGGCAGGGAAAUCUCGGCCUGCUACGAUGGAGUUCAUCUACCGAGUAGGCGGCAGCUUCCUGGAUUGCUCUUUAUUGUUGGAUCGCGUUGA